CGCCGGGAUGCGGCUAUCCACGUUACAGGAGUGUGGACAUUCGGAUUUCUCCGGUACAUGUUCGCGUAUUGCAAUAAAUUGUUCAAGUAGAUCAGGAUGACGAAACUCCUACAAUGGGUGGUUGCCAGCGGAGUCGUUGCGGCUAUCUGGGGUGCCGUACUCUCACAGUAUUGGUUCAAGUUGACCGAGAGUCAAGAGAGACAAGUUCUAUUGUUCCCCAUAUACUUCAUGGCAUUGUUCGCGCUCUUCGCUGGUACCGUUAUCAUGUGGCGAGUUUUCUCUUUCAACAACUGUGAUACAGCAGCAAGCGAGCUCCGCCAGGAAAUUCAGGAUGCCAAAAUCGAUCUCGAAGCUCGAGGCUUCGUCAUGCACUACGAUGAUGACGAAGAGGACGAUGACGACUACGAUGAAGAAAAUGAGGAUGAUCAAUGAUAGUCUAGCUCACAAGCCUCAGCUCAUAAUAAGUCGAAAGGGAGAGGGAGGCGAUUUCCCAGAGAGGGAGCAUAGUUCGCUGCUGAGCUUCCCAUGUAUAAUUUUGCGCGACAUCUGAUUGCUGUCUCAAGAACACUCGCUCAUUGCGAGAGGGACCUAGUCAAGAGUGACACUCGAUGGAUCUCCAGGACAAUUAGCAUGCCCAAACAGAUUACAUCAGCUGGCGCAAGAGAGCGACGAGAAUCAUGAUGAGUCCAUUAUUCCGAGGACCAAGCUAUAUGUGAUGAAAAUGCUUACAGCAUGGCUUCGAUACGGAAUGCGACCCAGCUUCGAAGCCGGAAUACUCACUCGAGGCAGAAUAUUGGCGGAUCGACGGAAAGUGGUUUCUGUCAGCGAUAGGGAGCGUCGCGCCGGGAACUAUUCGCAGACCGUCGCCCCGGAGCGGAGGAGUUCUCCUCUGGGAAUACUGCUCUGAAGUUCCGUGCAGGUUUUCAAUGACUUCCUGAAUACAAUGUGAAAAUCCUAUCGAGGAUAUGGGGAUACAUGCCCGGAGGGCAAACGGUACCGCGAGCUGGUCUAAGCAAAAAGUUUUUCACGCUUGAUCCCAGGGAGCUGAACAUCUCAGAGAUUCCAUCGGGAAAUCGGAUACAAGAUGAAUAAAGCUCCUCGAUUGAUUAUCACGGUGGUUAA